CAGUCCCCGGAACAGUUUAGUUGCGAACUACGCGAUGAGCAGAUCCCUAAUCCCGGUUCUCGUCCUGCUCGUGGGGCUUUCCUGCCUGGUGGAGGCCCGCUUUCUGCCAGACAAGCCCCACAGGACCUACGUGCGUCGCCGACCCUCGCCCACGGACCCCGACGUGGAGAUCAUCGAAGUGCGAAAGGUCUACUACGAGCGGCGCCCCCGAAAGAAGGUGAUUCUUCCGCUGGACGAGGACGAGCUCGAUUGGCGCAUUCGAUGCGACUUCGAUCCAAGUCUCGCGGAGUGUCGAGGAGUAGCUCCUAGCACCUCCUCCAGACCACCCAAAACAACAACAACAACAACCACAACUACUACUUCACGACCUACUACGACUUCAACCACAACUACUACUCCACGACCUACUACGACUACCACCACUCUGGCUCCUUACGAUGAGGAUUCCUGGGACUGCGACUCUGAUCCCACUCAGGAGAAAUGUGCCCCCUCCGUUCACGAGGAGGAGGAGGAAGAGGAGAAGGAUGACGAUGAGGAACCCACUCCCAUUCCCGAAGACGAGGACUACGUAGAACUCGACGCUGAUGACUUGCCCGAGGACGAAGUGCCCGAGGACGACGUGCCCGCGGACGACGACACAAACCCGGAGAGCGGCGGGGGAUCGAUCGACAUAAACGAUGAGAUGAACGGCGGAUCGAUCGGCGAAAACGACCAGAGUGCCUUUGAGAAGUUUUCGUUUAAUACGGGGGACGAUAUGUAAGACUAUAAGUAAUCAGUCUCCGAAAUAAACAUAACCCAUUGUGCUGA